AUGGCCGACGAUCAAGAGAAGGGCAUCAUUGGGCGGGCGCGCGGCAUGUCGCUGUCGUUGCUGCACACGACACCGCAGCUGGGCAUGUGGCAAGCCACUGCGACGGCCAUGGCUCAAGCGCCCAACUUGACAGAGUUGCGUGAGCCAGAGUCGGGAGGGUCAAACAUCACGUUCGAUGCGCAUGGCCAUGCCACUCGAGUAGCGGUUCCAGACGAAGACGGAGAGCUCACCUUGGUCAAAUCCCAGACUAGGAUCCUUGACCAGCCCGCAACAGACGCGAUGGUACCGGGAGAAGUGGACGAGAAGACUGGGAAGAGGUCGCGUAAGCCUCAUGGACAUGGAUUCCACCGUCGACGAACGUUGAAGGAGAAGCACGCGUCGUCCGAGAAGGAACCGUGGGGCCCUACCAUCAAGCACGGUCUGAAAGCCUUCUGGGUCUUCUUCCUCACACCGUCAGGCUUCCUAAUAACCAUCUACGGACUCAACAUCGUCGCCUGGGGCGCAAUGCUCUUCUUCCUUCUCCUCAACGCCGCGCCCGCCAUGUGCCACCCCAGCUGCGACGACGACUACUCGUCGCGCAAAAUCUGGCUCGAAAUCGACAGCCAGAUCCUCAACGCCCUCUUCUGCGUCACGGGCUUCGGCCUCGCCCCCUGGCGCUUCCGCGACUUCUACUGGAUGCUCCGCGCCGUCCACUUCCACGACUCAAACGCCAUGCGCCGGCUCUGGAACCAGAAUAAAGCGUGGUUCCGACCGCCGGCCUGGUUCACGGAGAACGAGGGGUGGAGGGGCGAGGAGGAGUUGAUGCCGCAGACUUUUACGGGGGAGAGGGCGCCGCCGACGGGGAUGUGGAAACUGGCUUUUACGGUUGAUAUGAUGGUUUUGAAUACGCUGUUGCAGGCUGUGUUGUGCUUUUUUAUGUGGCAUUAUGAUCGGUUGGAUCGACCGACGUGGGCGACGGGCACGUUUAUUGCGCUGGGGUGUGGGGUUGCGAUGUUUGCGGGGGUUAUGUCGUGGUGGGAGGGGAGGAAGGUUAAGAAGAUUGAGGGGCCUGAGAUUAAAGUUGAGACGAAGGCUGCGGAUGUGGAGAGUGGGUAG